UGGUGGAGGUUUGAGACUAAAACACAGACGUCGUCCAUCACCAGCGUCACCAUGAGCAGCGUGGUCCAGAACCCUUACAUCGGCCGCACGCCGGCGUCCCGGAUCCCCAAGCCCGGCGGCGGCAGCAGCAGCGGCAGCGUCCCCCCCCGGGCCGACGGCCUCCACCGCAGCGGCAGCGUCAGCAGCAGCGACGGCUCCGGCAGCAGGAUCCUGUCCCUGCUGUCCAUGAGCGAGAGCGUCCAGGCCGGACUCAGCUGCUUCCUGCCCGAGCAGACGCUGGAGCAGGAGGAGAAGCGCCAGCGCAGCCGCCAGAUAGCCGAGAUCCAGCGGCUCAAGGAGGUCCGGGCCGCCGCGCAGCUCAAGAACCUGGAGGACUUCCUCAGGAUGAACCACGUGUCCCUGCGGGACUCCGUGUCCUACACCACCGGCAUGACGUACAGAAACGUGGGGAAAUCAGGACUGAGGGUGUCUUGCCUUGGAUUGGGUACGUGGGUCACGUUUGGAGGACAGAUCGCAGAAGAGGUGGCAGAGGAGCUGAUGACGUUUGCGUAUGACAACGGCAUCAACCUGUUCGACACGGCGGAGGUCUACAGCGGCGGCCGGGCGGAGACGGUGCUGGGGAACGUCCUCAAGAAGAAGGGAUGGAGACGUUCCAGUUUAGUCGUCACCACCAAGAUCUUCUGGGGGAACAAAGCAGAAAUGGAAAGAGGCCUCUCUAGAAAACACAUCAUUGAAGGUAUGGCAGCUGUCCGUGUGUCUCAGCUUCAGUCCGGAGUGUUUCUAAGUUCCUGUCUUCCUGAACCAGGUCUGAGGGCGUCGCUGCGCCGCCUCCAGUUGGAGUACGUAGACGUGGUCUUCGCCAACCGACCGGAUCCCACCACGCCCAUCGAGGAGACGGUGAGGGCCAUGACCUACGUGAUCAACCAGGGGAUGGCCAUGUACUGGGGGACGUCCCGGUGGACGCCCAUGGAGAUCAUGGAGGCGUACUCUGUAGCGCGGCAGUUCAACCAGAUCCCUCCCAUCUGUGAGCAGGCCGAGUAUCACAUGUUCCAGAGGGAGAAGGUGGAGGUUCAACUGCCGGAACUCUUCCACAAGAUCGGAGUUGGAGCCAUGACCUGGUCUCCACUGGCAGGUGGCAUCAUCUCUGGGAAAUAUAAAAGUGGGAUCCCUCCCGACUCACGGGCUUCACUCAAGGGCCACCAGUGGAUCCAGGACCGGAUCCAGAGUGAGGAGGGACAUCGGCAGCAGCUGAAGCUGAAGGAGCUGCAGGUCAUCGCCCAGAAGAUCAGCUGCACACUGCCGCAGCUGGCCAUCGCCUGGUGUCUGAGGAACGACGGCGUCAACGCCGUCCUGCUGGGAGCGUCCCGUCUGGACCAGCUAGUGGAAAACAUCCGGGCCAUGCAGGUUCUCCCCAGGUUGUCUCCGUCUCUGGUUUCAGAGAUCGACUCCAUCUUGAGGAACAAACCCUGCAGCAAAAAGGACUUCAGAUCUUAAACACACCUGUGAUGAACGGAGGAACCGUCCUCGUGAUCAGAGACAACACUUUAGAUCUGUGUUCAGCACCACCAGCACUCACUGCCACUUCAGAAAGUUCAACUCUUCUUAAAUGCAUGUAAACGUAUCGUCUUCAUCUGUGGAGCCCGAGAGGAAGAGAAGACCCACCUGCUGGACGGCGGCCGUCACUGUGUUUCUGCAGCAUGUCUGACAAUCUGUGAUCUACACGUCUGUUUGAUUUCAUUUAUA